CAGCCUGAUCGCCAAUCCCCAGCCCUCUCAGUGUCCCCCACCCUGGACCUCAGCCAUGAAGCCCCAUCCUGGGCCAGAGGAGGCCCAGCGGCCAGCUUCGGACAUCCGCGUGUUCGCCAGCAGCUGCACGAUGCAUGGGCUGGGCCACGUCUUCGGCCCUGGGGGCCUGACGCCUCGCCGAGGGCUCUGGGCCGCAGCCGUGCUCCUGUCGCUGGCCGCCUUCCUCUACCAGGUGGCUGAGAGGGUGCGCUACUACGGGGAGUUCCACCAUGAGACAGCCCUGGACGAGCGCGAAAGCCACCGGCUCACCUUCCCCGCCAUCACCCUGUGCAACAUCAACCCACUGCGUCGCUCGCGCCUCACGCCCAACGACCUGCACUGGGCCGGGCCCGCGCUGCUGGGCGUGGAGCCCGCUGAGCAUGCCGCCUUCCUGCGCGCCCUGGGCCGGCCCCCCGCGCCCCCCGGCUUCAUGCCCAGUCCCACCUUCGACAUGGCUCGACUGUACGCCAGGGCCGGACACGCCCUGGAGGAAAUGCUGCUGGAUUGCCGCUACCGAGGCUGGCCGUGCGGUCCCGAGAACUUCACCGUGAUCUUCACCCGGAUGGGUCAGUGCUACACCUUUAACUCCGGCGCGGAUGGGGCAGAACUGCUCACCACUCCCAAGGGCGGCAUGGGCAACGGGCUGGAGAUCAUGCUGGAUGUGCAGCAGGAUGAGUAUCUGCCCGUGUGGAGGGACAUGGAGGAGACCCCGUUUGAGGUGGGGGUCCGAGUGCAGAUCCACAGCCAGGAGGAGCCGCCCACCAUCGACCAGCUGGGCUUCGGGGCAGCCCCCGGCUACCAGACCUUCGUGUCCUGCCAGCAACAGCGACUGAGCUUCCUGCCACCACCCUGGGGUGACUGCAGCUCCGCACCUCUGGACCCCGACUUUGAGCCGGAACCUUCUGGUCCCCUAGGUCCUCCCAGCCCCAGCCCAGGCCCCCAAGCCCCCUAUAGUCUGAUGGGGUGUCGCCUGGCCUGUGAGGCCCGCUAUGUGGCUCGGAAGUGUGGCUGCCGAAUGAUGCAUAUGCCAGGCGGGGCGCCAGUGUGCAGCCCCCAGCAAUACAAGGACUGCGCGGACCCGGCGCUGGACGCCAUGCUGCGGAAGGACGCGUGCACCUGCCCCAACCCCUGCGCCAGCACGCGCUACGCCAAGGAGCUCUCCAUGGUGCGGAUCCCGAGCCGCGCCGCCGCCCGCUACCUGGCCCGGAAACACAACCGCAGCGAGGCCUACAUCGUAGAGAACGUGCUCGUGCUGGACAUCUUCUUUGAGGCCCUCAACUAUGAGACCGUGGAGCAGAAAAAGGCCUAUGAAGUGUCAGAACUGCUCGGCGACAUUGGGGGCCAGAUGGGGCUGUUCAUCGGGGCCAGCCUGCUCACCAUCCUUGAGAUCCUGGACUACCUCUGUGAGGUGUUCCAAGACAGGGUCCUGGGAUACUUCUGGAACCGGAAGCACUCCCAAAGGCACUCUGGCACCAAUCUGCUUCAGGAACGGCUGGGCAGCCAUGGAACCCAAGUUCCCCACCUCAGCCUGGGCCCCAGCGCAGUGGCCUGGGUCUCACCAGGCCCUCCACCCCUCCCUGUGCCGUCACCAAGACUCUGUCUGCCUCUCACCGCACCUGCUACCUCGUCACACGGCUCUAGACCUGGCAUCUGUGUCUUCCGGGCUGCACCUUGACAUCUUGGACGGGCCCAGCCUGCACAUGUCUCUGCCCUCUUCAUCCCAAAUAAAGUUCUAGUGCGUCAGCCUCAGCUGUUUCUCUCACAGCCAGACUAGUCAGGCUAAGGUCAAAAAAGACCUCCGUCCACCAACCUCCAGUGGACAGCGUCUGAGAUGCAGGUGGGUCCCAGUCAACCACCACAAAUCUCUCUGGGCGAAAAGAGUAGAGAGAGGGCGUCCUCCCCUUGCACCUCAGCAUGAAGGAGUUUAUCGAAAUGACAUCUCAGAGAGAAAGGAGCCCAAAGCCAGGUAUCAAGGCAAAGAGGACUCAGCGGGAGGACAGUUAUG